AUGUCUAAAGAACCUGAUCUUCUGUUGUCUUCACUGUGUGCAGAUGUGCAGGAAACUCAGGCUGAUCUUCCCGAUGACAGCGAGCCGCUCGGAGAUCCUCAGAGAGCCGAACAUGUGGGGAACUCUACAGCUACCGUGAAGGUGGUUCUGGUUCCUGAGGGUCAUGUGAUGACCGUAGCGUUCGCCAUCGGUCUCAGCAUUCAGGAGAUGAAGCGUCAUCUCUCCUCAGAGCUCAGAGUUCCUGCCGAGGUUCUGCAGGUCUCUCUGGACGGUACGAUGGUGGAGGAGCAGCAGAGCCUGAUGGAGCUCGGCGUUCGGCCUCACGGCUCCAUCCGGAUGGAGAUGAGCUCCACAGACCCGAACGCUCAUCCGCUGCGUCCACUUCGCCCCCCCGAACACGACAAUAUGCCAGAUGUCAUCACCGUCAGAGUUCAAACAGAGGACGGAGCGUUUCAGGAAGUGGUGGUGGAGAUCGAGCGUCCGCCGCAGCAGAAAGCCUUUCUGGGCGGAUUCAGACACCGACUGACGGGAGCGCAGUACCACAACGCUGCCGUGCAGACACUGCCGAAGAGGAGACCUGACAGAGGAGUCAUCGUCUACAGCCGCAACACACAGACGGUGCAGCUCAAGUCUCAGACUCAGCAGUGUCCCGUCAGCGUCUGCACCCAGAUGACCGGCAUCGGCUGCUACGUCUCCUGUGACAACGACAAGCUGGUCGUCCCCGGCAACUACACCACCGCCGCCGAGUAUCACGACAGGAGGCUGAGCGCUGUGAUCUGCCUGCAGGCGUACGCCAGGCGCUGGCUGGCCAAGCAGGCGGUGCAGCAUCUGAGGGAGGAGCGGGACCGACGGCUGGCCUGGCUGGAGCUGAAGGAGAGGAGGAGGAGGGAGGAGAAGGAGGAGCAGCUGAGAGACCGACGCCAGCGCUGGUUAAACCCACAGAGGAGAGAGGACUUCAACCUGCUGUACCACGCUCUGGAGAAGUGGAGGCUGGAGGAGGAGCAGCGGAUCAACUCCUCCCUACGAGGAGCAGAGAGGAAGGCGGCUCUCUGCUUGCUGUUGGAACAGGAGACGCAGCUCAUCGCCGCCAUCGGAUGCCAUCGCAUCGCCGUCCACAACAACAACUACGACAAGAGUGUCCGGAGGUUCCUGGACAAGGCUGCAGCUCCUCAUCGUUGGCGAGCAGCAGACGGCCGGAUGAUCGAGAUGGACAGUCCUCACACGAUCAGAGCCCGAGAGCUCCGAGACAUUUAUAACAACAUCACCACGAACACAGCGAGCCACGAGCAGAGGCUGGAAAUCCUGAUGGCACUCAAACACACCGUCAAGGAGCACGAGUGUCAGCUGACCCGGGACGUGGUGGACCUGAUCGACCGGGAAGUGGACCUGCUGACCCGCGGCGUUAAAGCCUCCAGUCUGGAAGGGCUGAGGAAGAGGAUCUCCACUCUCUUCCUCCAGUUCAUCAAAAUACCCGCGUUCAACCCCGAAGUGGCCAAACUGCUGAAGGUUCCUCAGAAUCCGUCCCAUCUGAAGAACGACAUGUUCCUCUGCCCGAGCUGCCAUCGCUACCUCCGCUCCGCUGACUUCAGCACCUCGGCCAGCGCCCGUCUGAGCGGUCCGUGUCUGGACUGCAGCAGACUGGACAACAUCGCCCGUUCCCGUAACGACUUCUCCUGCUACAAGAACAUCCUGAAGAGGCUGAGAGCCGACGAGCAGCGCCUCAAUCCGCACGCCAAGAUCCCCUUCCUGCUGCAGGUGGAGGAUGUGCAGUACCUGGUGGAGGUGGUCUGGGCUUCCCGCUCAGCGCUUCACGCCGGCAGCGAUCUGUACAACCUGGUGUUUGUCCGCUGGGAGCAUCAGAGAGACUGGAGCCCCUGGAACUGCUUCCUGCUGUCCAAAGAGGAAACGCCGGCUCACGAGGAAGUGGAAGACGUCCGCAAGACGUACGAGGCGGCGUUCAUCCGCAGGAUCGAACACAUGCACACGCUGGCUCGCCGCCACUUCAGCCAGAUCCCCAUCAUGGCCGAGUACCUGGACUCUGCUGCCCUGGGCAACCAGCCCAUCUCCAAGCCCAUCGCCAUGGCGACCAGCAGGCAGACCACCGACACGCCAUCGGCCUCGGCUCGUUAG